AUGAGACACCUGUCGCGCCGAACGCCGGCGCUUCUGCACAGGUUCAAGCGCAAGCCAAUAGUGGGGAUAUUUGCACUCGCGAUGGUUUGUAUGGUGGUGGUGCUGACUUUGCAGUUGAGAUCGUCCGACCGCCGCAAAGGAGUGAUCGACGUGAACCCACCUCCUGCCCGCAAAGUGGGAGUGAGGGCAUCAGAGUUAUUUUCGAACCACAAAACCCAUUCUCCAGCUCGUGUGCCUGAUUCAAGUAUGUCUACUGGUGAUGCGGCUAAAUGGCGUAUGAUCAACCGGAACCCAGACAACGACGAGAUUGGGUCCCGACUUCAAAUGGCGCAGGCCUUCUACGCGAAUAUUUUCCAGACCCUGGUCCAGGGAAAGCCUGCAAUUCCUCCUCUGAGCAAUUAUGGUAGCCCAGACCGGAUUUACCAUGCCGGAUACGAUGGUUUGGACGAUGGGCCCGUUUUCACGGAGCACUUCCUCAAGCAGUAUCUCCAGCUUACGCCGGAAGAAGUGGAAAGCAUGAAAAAGUCACACCGGGCCGUGGUGCGGAGUUUGCCGGACACAUACCCCGAAGGCCUCUAUCGUGGCAAUGGGAUAGUGUACGUUGGCGGUGGAAGAUUUAACUGGCUUGCACUUCUAUCUAUCAAGUCGUUACGGUCUGUGGGGUCCAAAUUGCCGGUCGAGGUGUUUAUACCGACCCUUGAGGAAUACGAGGUCGAUUUAUGUGGACGUGUGUUUCCCGCACUCAAUGCUCGUUGUAUCUUCAUGCCAAGAGAGUUAGGACCUGCCGUUUCCGAUCAUAAUUCGUUCCAUGGUUACCAAUACAAGUCGCUUGCUCUGAUAACCUCCAGUUUCGAAAAUGUGCUCUUGCUGGAUUCUGAUAAUAUUGCGGCUCAUGCGCCCGAUCACGUUUUCGACGUUGAUCCUUUCGUCAGCCACGGCCUGGUUGUUUGGCCUGAUUUCUGGAAACGUGCCACAUCGCCGUUUUUCUACGACAUCGCCGAUGUCAAGCUUACCAAUAAGCGUGUGCGGUUUGGCUUCAACGAGUUUGGCGAGUUCAGACCAAACAACGUGCAUAACGAGGGCGAUCCUCCCUUACAUGAUGUUGAAGGUGCUAUUCCUGAUCCAACUACUGAGAGUGGUCAGCUCAUGAUCUCCAAGAAGAAACACACUAAGUCAUUAUUUCUGUCGCUUUACUACAACCUCUACGGACCAGACUAUUUCUAUCCUCUUUUCUCCCAAGGUUCUGACGGAGAGGGAGACAAAGAAACGUUUCUUGCUGCUGCGGUGGUAUUGAAAAACAGCUUUUACCAGGUGAACAAGUUCCUCACAGCUUUUGGCCAUUUCAACCAGGAGCGCGAGUUUCUCGGAAGCGGCAUGGGCCAAUUCGACCCCGUUGAGGACUAUAGAAUUCUCCAAAAGCGACUGGAGGCCAAGAAGGAUGGUCGACUUCUCAGUCUUGACUCUGACGAGUUCAAAAACCAACCGCGCGUCCUCUUUAUUCACAGCAAUUUCCCCAAGCUAAAUCCAUGGGAGCUCAAGCAGAAUGGCAAGAUCGUCGAGCAUGGCGAGCGGAUCCGGCUUUACGGCCCAGGAAUGGCCAAGCGUAUCGGUUACGACUUUGAGACUGUCCAAUGGCAGAACAUGAAGUUCUUGGUGUGCGAGCUCAAGCUGCAACUGACCUGUUUUGAAGGUGUCAGUGAAGCAGAGCUUUGUGACGAGAUCAGUCAGCAACUCGACUUCUUGCUAGAGUCUGUUGCAACACUAGAGGAAUGA